GUUCCCGCCCUAACUCACGGGGAUUUGUCAUAAUGGAUGAAAACACAGGAUACAAUAAAGUUGAAGAUGUGGUUGGUUGUCAUGUUGAAGAUGCUGUGACAUUUUGGGCACAGAACAUGAGUAAAAAUAAUGACAUCUUGAAAUUAAGUCAUGCACUGGCUGAAGUUUGUCCUCAGGCCAACUCAGUUUUUGGCAAUCCUGAUUUUACUAAGAUCUACGGUGGAUGUUUUUCUGAAGAUAAAUGCUGGUAUAGAUGCAAAGUACAGCAAGUGAUCAGUGAUGAAAAGUGUCAGGUAUUAUACAUUGAUUAUGGAAAUUCUGAGAUGCUAAAUCGAUCAGAAAUAGUUGAGAUUCCAAAGUACUUGCAGUUUCCCAGCAUUGCUAAAAAGUAUAGACUCUGGGGACUACAGAUUCCUCCUGAUCAAGAUUUAAAUCAAUUUGACCAGGGGAGAAAGUUCUUAUGCAGUUUAAUUUUUGAAAAAGAAAUAAAAAUGCGACACAAAGCCACAUACCAGGAUGGUACCAUUGUUGCCCAGGCUGAGUAUGGAAAAGUGGAUAUUGGGGAAGAAGUGGCUAAGAAGGGGUUUGCUGAAAAAUGCAAAUCCCCUAUAAAUGCUAACAACUGUGAUGAGAAAAAAAUAGAUGUCGCUCAGUACCAACCCUGGAAUGCAAAAGUUUCAGCUCCAGCAUGGGAGAACAGACCCAAACCUUCAGUAUCCAACCGACUGAAAGGGCGUUUUGGUGACCAGAUAGGUGCCAACAUGAGGAAUGAAAAUCAUACUGGGAACCAUAUGCCUUUUGUGAAGGAAAAAUUGAUGGCUCGUGACUUUAAUAUAGGGUCAAACAUCAGUUUGGCAAAAAUAAAACAGGAUCAGAAACUGAUUGAAGAGAAUGAAAAGCUCAGAAACGAGAAAGAGGUUCUCCAGAAAGAGAAUCAAAUUCUCCUCCAAAAUUAUAAAGAACUAGAAUCGACAAUUGCAUACCUGAACCAUCAAGUGCAGGAAGAAAAGGAAACAUCUAAGGAAACUCUUAAACAUUUGGGGAAAACUCUGCAAACGUAUGUAGGAACUAAAAUGAGAAGUUUGGCUGCCCAGAUUGAGGUUCUGAAAAACGUUAGGUGUUCACAUAUGAAUGUUCAUUUUGGAGAUGACCUCUUCAGAGCUGUAAAGGAGGUUACUGAAAGAUGUCUCAUUGCUCCAUCUUCCUUGGAAAAGUUGGAGAAGAUUUGGGCAGAAUAUAACUUGGCUCAGGAGAUGAUUCAGUUGUGCAGAAAUGUGAAUGAAAGUGAUAGCUUGAUUCUCAAGAGAAAUGAAGUGCGACAGAAUUUGUAUUCUGCAGUGGAAGAAUUCAUUCUGGAAGUGGAUGAGCUACCUCUCUCUGAACGGUCAACUAUUUUGCAGGAACUGUCUGGUUCUCUGGAGGCAAUAUAUGGUCAAGUUAGUGAAGCAAAUGACUCUGAGGAGGCAUUUCAGCAGUUUUUUGAGUGGAAGCAAACUAAACUGGAGGAAUUCAAUCGUGUCAGAAGUGUUACAAAUGCUUCCCUACAGAUUCUUGCAACAUGGUUCAGUGGCAUGAAAAAGGUAGAACAGACUUUACUUCUAUCCUGUAACGUAUGUGAAAAAGACACAGUCCUGCAUGCAGACAGUAAUCCUGUGCAAUAG